AUGGCUGUCGAGGAGAUGGAUUGGGCGAGCGACUCUGAUAUCGAGUCGGAUGAUCUUUCUAUCAGUGACAGCGCGGAGGUGUGGGAUGAGUACGAGGACGAUGAGGACGACGUGAGCGACCAAGAUAGUAGCGGCGACUACGACGAUGGUAGCGACUACUACGAUGGAUACGAGGGCGAUGAUGAGGACGAGUUUGAUGAAGACGAAGUGGAAGUUGAGGACAGCGAGCACAAUGAAGCGGCCGACCACAACGACGAGGACGACAAUGACGACGAAGAGGACCGCCCGACUAUGCUGCUCUCGACCCAGCUUGCCUUGAGACCAAAGGCCGUCCCACGAGGUCGCUUCCGCCUUCCAACCCUCGCCCCUUUCAAUCAUACCAAGAACCAAAAGCGCCACCUCCUCACCCUCCCCGCCGAGAUCCGCAACGAAAUCUGGCACUUCGCCCUCGUCCCCACCCACGACAUCUCCAUCGGCUCGCGAGAACCCAUCCGGAACCUCAUCACCGUCAACAAACAAAUCCACCACGAAGCCCUAGACAUCUUCUACGAAGAAAGCACCUUCACCCUCGGCCUCUACAAGACAAUCCGGACCGAUAUCCACACCAUCAACGCCAAGAUCAAGGAGCUCAUGUCCCGACGUCAGAUCCCCCUCGUCCACAUCAGAAACUUCAGCAUCACCCUCGCCAUCUCCGUCGAAGAGCACUACACCGGCCUCACGACCACCUCUUUCUUCCGCCUCGCCGUCCACCGCGCCCAGCAAAACGUCCUCAUCACGCUGCACACCAUCCCGGGCUUCUACGAAGACCCCGCGCGGGAGAGCUGCGUCUGCGACCUCCUCCCUCUCGUCGCCGCGUUGCGGGCUUGUGAUUUCAGUCUGUUUGGCGUCAUCUUCCAGGCGAGCCUCGUGUUUCCCACGAGUAUGUAUCUGCCGGUGGGGGAGGUGUGUGGAGAGUGUGGCAAGCGGAAGUUGUGUUAUUUGAAUUGGUCGCUUUUGGGGAGGGCAGUGGCGUGGUGGAGGGCGGCGGGGAGGUUUAUGGGCCGUGUGAGGGAGAUGAGGGGUGGGAAGAAGGAAUAG